AAAAAAGAGGAAUGGCAUAAUCACAUCUAUAUCUAUUUGGGAAUAGGACUCAGAGAGUUGAAAGAUGUUGACCAAAUGCUAAAAACUGGUAAACUUUACACUGCAUUAUAGAGCAGCUGUCUUAUAUCCCUUACAAUCAGUCAUUUUUAUAUGUCUGCAGUUGCACAAGAAAACAGUUACAUUUCUUUUUUCCAGGAUGAAUUUUGGAGUGUCUACUUUGGUGGUAUCCGGUGCUCUUCCAGCCCCUGCCUUCAUAAUGGUGCAUGCAGGGACACUAUUCGCAGCUACACGUGUGACUGUAGAGAUGACUUUGAAGGAAUAAACUGUGCUUUUGCUAAAAAUGAGUGCCGCCAUGAAAUCCACACAGGGUGUCAGCACUUCUGCUAUCCGGAAUUCAACUUUUACCGUUGUUCAUGUGCCCAAGGCUAUAAAUUGGGGGAAGAUGAUAAAUCAUGCAUUGCAGAAGAUGAAUGUGCCUGUGGAAGAUUUCAGGAACCUCUUUCAUGUCCACUCAUUCCAGCUGACAAAGAAUUCCCCUGGCAGGUCUUGCUGUUAAAUUCAGAAGGAAAAUGGAUCUGUGGAGGUGUUCUCCUGAAAACUAAUUUUGUAUUGACUACAGCUGAAUGUGCACUGCUGUCUCCCGUUAGUGUUGUGAUUGGAAUCACCAAGCUGCAAGGACUGAAUCAAGUAAUACCAGUGAAAGAGUCAAAUAUACACCUCCGCUAUGACAACACCACUGGCGAGAACAACCUGGCUUUGCUUGAGCUUAGCAGCCAAAUUGACUGCGACAGGAACCAUCUACCCAUAUGCAUUCCAGAAAGGGAUUUUGCAGAGCACGUGUUGAUUUCACAAAUGGAAGGUAGCCUUAGUGGCUGGAAUGCAAACAGAAGUCACCUGACACCCUCCUUGAUACAGUGGCCUAUUUCCUACCUCAGUGAGAACGAUUGCAAGCAAAUUCUCAACAGAAAUCUGAUAACAAGGGAAUUCUGUGGCCGCAGUCAAGCGCAAGCCAAGGAGAUGCCUGUGGGAGGAAGUUUUAUUGCCGUUCCCUAUAAAGGAACAUGGUUUCUCACCGGAGUUUUAGAACCAUGGGCAACUGAAACAGUUAACUGGAAAACAUUUAUAUUUACCAAGACCUCAAGAUAUGUGAUGUGGUUUAAACGAAUAAUGGGGUAAUGAAAUAUAAAAACAAAAAAUAUAUAGAAAAUGAGUAUCCAGCAUAUAACAUAUUCAAGUUUGAACCACUACUGUAAAUAUGAUGUAUGCCUAUCUAUGAAAAUAAAACUUUUUUGCCUUCCAUGAACAAAGCAAUAUUCAUUACAUUUGCCUCUGUGGAAAGAUUUCAUAGAACAUCCAGAGAUAGAAUCAGUAUUUGUUUCCAAUAUAAAUCAAUUAUCAAAGUACUAAUUUCACUGAUUGUGAGAUUUGGUAUUAAAUUAUCUUUCCCCAGUAAUAUGUAUCUAAUUUUGUAUUCUCUUCAGGAGAAUAAUUUCUGAGAUCACUGUUUCCAAUAUAUAAACAUGAAGAAAUGCAAAGGAGAAAAUCUAGCACAAUGACAUCAUCAAGAAUUUUAUCAUUCAUAUCACCAUAAACUAGAUUCAUUGUAUGUGUCCUGCAGAUAAUGAGACGCUUAAUAGAAGCUCUAAGUUGCCUUAUAGGUGCUGAAGUUAUAUUAACAACACAACAGCCAGUCUCACUGAAAGUACCCUAAAUUUACAAUUUAAAAAAUGUAAAACAUCCAACUAU